UAUGGAGGGAGUCCCGCCCUCCUUUUAUUUUCUGUGGCGGUGGCUAGCUGCUGUAGCGUUCAUACGCUUUUAGCCUUUUGACCCUGAAAUCGCUCUUGUUGAAUAAUUCUGAAGGAAGACCAAACGCAGGAGGCUUGCGUACAUCUGAGGACUGAUAACCGGGUCUGGCAGGAUGUCGAGAAGAAGGCACAGCGACGAGAAUGACGGAGCGCAGCCUCACAAAAGGAGGAGGACGUCUGAGCCAAUUGAAAUCGAGGACCGUCUCGAAUCGCUGAUAUGCAGAGUUGGAGAAAAAAGCACAUCCUCCUUGGAGAGUAAUUUGGAAGGCCUUGCAGGCGUCCUGGAAGCAGAUCUGCCUAAUUACAAAAACAAAAUCCUGCGCAUCUUGUGUGCUGUGGCGCGGCUCUUACCAGAGAAGCUAACGGUGUAUACGACACUGGUGGGCCUCUUAAAUGCACGGAACUAUAACUUUGGAGGGGAGUUUGUGGAGGCCAUGAUCAGACAGCUCAAAGAGACACUGAAGUCAAACCUCUACUCUGAAGCCGUUUACUUGGUGCGUUUCCUUAGCGACUUGGUGAACUGCCAUGUCAUUGCAGCUCCCUCCAUGGUCGCCAUGUUUGAAAACUUUGUUAGUGUCACGCAGGAGGAGGACAUACCACAGGUGCGCUCUGACUGGUAUGUGUAUGCUGUGCUGUCCUGUUUGCCCUGGGUUGGCAAAGAGCUUUAUGAGAAGAAAGAUGUGGAGAUGGAUCGCCUUCUUAACCAGAUUGAUGGCUAUUUGAAGAGACGACAGAAAAUCCAUGUGCCGAUGCUGCAGGUUUGGUCAGCAGAGAAACCCCACCCUCAGGAAGAGUAUCUGGACUGUCUGUGGGCUCAAGUGCAGAAACUGAAGAAAGAUCGCUGGCAAGAACGUCAUAUCCUGAGGCCAUACAUUGCCUUUGACAGUGUGCUGUGUGAGGCUCUGCAGCACAAUCUGCCCCCCUUCACCCCACCAGCCCACUCUGAUGAUGCCGUCUACCCCAUGCCGCACGUCGUCUUUCGCAUGUUUGACUACACUGAUGCUCCUGAGGGACCGGUCAUGCCUGGCAGUCACUCUGUGGAGAGGUUUGUGAUUGAAGAGAACCUGCACUGCAUCAUCAAAUCUCACUGGAGAGAGAGAAAGACUUGUGCUGCCCAGUUGCUGAGCUAUCCUGGCAAAAAUAAGAUUCCUCUAAACUACCAUAUCGUUGAGGUGAUCUUUGGGGAAUUAUUCCAGCUGCCUUCUCCUCCUCAUAUUGAAGUCAUGUACACAGCAUUACUGAUUGAGCUCUGCAAGCUGCAGCCUGGAUCGUUACCUCAAGUUCUUGCGCAAGCCACAGAGAUGAUGUACAUGAGACUGGACACGAUGAACACAACGUGCGUAGACCGAUUCGUCAGCUGGUUCGCUCAUCAUCUGAGCAACUUUCAGUUCAGAUGGAGCUGGGAUGACUGGGCUGAUUGUUUAACAGUGGACAUUGAAAAACCCAAACCCAAAUUUGUCAAAGAGGUGUUGGAAAAAUGCAUGAGGCUGUCUUAUCACCAGCGGAUAGUAGAUAUUGUGCCUGCUAGUUUCUCUGCUUUAAUCCCAGCUGAACCAGUGUUCCAGUAUAAAUAUGAGGAUGAGAGCAACACUUCCUUACCUGGCUUAGCUAUGGCAACAACAGUAUCAAAUGCAAUCAAAAACCGUGCCUCAAAUGAAGAGAUUCUGGCUGUGCUGAAAGAGGUUCCCAAUCCUAACCAGGACGAUGAUGAUGACGAGGGAGAUGGCUUCAACCCACUGAAAAUAGACGUGUUCCUGCAGACGCUGCUCCACUUGGCUGCCAAGUCCUUCAGUCACUCCUUCAGUGCCCUUGCCAAGUUCCAUGAGGUGUUGAAGACUCUGACAGAAAGUGAUGAGGGGAAACUGCACAUUCUCAAGGUGGUUUAUGAGGCCUGGAGGAAGCACCCACAGAUGAUCGCAGUGCUGGUGGAUAAGAUGAUUCGCACUCAGAUAGUCGACUGUGCUGCUGUGGCCAACUGGAUCUUUUCUUCUGACAUGGCUCAUGAUUUCACCAGGCUUUACAUGUGGGAGAUUCUUCACUCAACCAUUCGGAAGAUGAACAAACAUGUUCAAAAGAUCCAGAAGGAGCUGGAGGAGGCCAAGGACAAGCUAGAGAAACAGCAGCACAAGAAGCAAAAGGACAGUGGUGAUGAAGAGGACAUGGAGAAGAACAGUGAUGAUGAGGAUGGUCAGCUGGAGGAGCAGAUUGAGAGGCUGCAGGAGAAAGUGGAGUCAGCGCAGAGUGAGCAGAAGAACCUAUUUCUUGUCAUUUUUCAGCGUUUCAUCAUGAUGUUGACGGAGCACUUGGUUCGCUGUGAGACAGGAAGCGUGGACAUCAACACCUCCUGGUAUAAGAACUGCAUUGAGCGACUACAGCAGAUUUUCCUUAUGCAUCAUGUGACCAUCCAGCAGUACAUGGGCACUCUGGAGAACCUGCUGUUCACGGCUGAAUUGGACCAUCACAUCCUGGCUGUGUACCAGCAGUUCUGCGCCCUGCAGCUUUGAUCGACUCAACAGCAGCUAAGCCAAGCCCAUCGCCCAGUUCAGACUUUCAGUUUUUGCUUGUAUGUUUUGUGGCAUUCAAAGUGUUAGAUACAGUCACCAAAUAUGAUGGGGAUGGUUGUUUUCCCUUCAUUAGUAAUACUGAAUGGCCAUUGAUAUUACUUUUGUAGUGUGUUUUUUGUUUUUUUGGUUUUUUUGGUCCCUUUUUUAAUUUUUAUUUUUCCAUUUUUACCCUGUUAAUUAUGGAUCUGUAUUGGCUAUCAAGUAUAUAUUUUUUUUUUAAUACCCACGUUAAGUAGACAACAGGUGGCUUUCGGUUUUAUUCCAGCAAGCCCAAUGUCAGGACUCUCUGCAUUUUUAUAUAUAUUUUAUGUCAUUUUGAUGGAGAAAUGAUUAAAAUGAGUUAUGAGUGUCAGCCUGCAGUUUGAAAGCUCUUCUGCCACUGUAAUGACGUAUUUUGGAACUGUAAAGAAAUACACUGAAAUGUCUUCCUUUUUUUAAAAAU